AUGGAGGCUACACUGGUAAAAAGAGAACAAGAGAUUCUUGACCAGACAGAGAAGAUUAAACUCAAACUUUACUUGGAUAUUGUAGCAAAUAUAUUCAAGGAUUUUACAUCUAAAGAGGCUCCAUUGUGCUGGCCAGUGAGACAAUUUUCAAAGAAACAAUCUCACUUUCUCUUGAAAAAGCUAAAAAAUAUUAGAAUAAAGGGUUUUGACAGUUUAUCCCUUUAUGAAGAAAAAAAUCAACCCAUAUUUCGCAAGUUUCUGAAAACAUAUUUUAUUGACAAUAUUAAUUCAUUAUAUGUCACCCCGGUUGAAGAAGAUCUGCAUAAAAAUAAUAAUUAUCUUUCGUUGGUGAUUAGAUAUAUACCAAAUGUAUCUCAGCUCUUAUAUCUCAGGAAUUUUAAGAUCAGCAAAAAUAACUUCAGAAAGAUCAUCCAAAUAGGGAGACAUAUGAAUGCGAUAAAAUUUAAUGAAUGAAAUAUGAACUUAAAAGGCCUCAAGUUUACCAAUUUCCUGAAGUAUCAAAUCAAAUUAAUUUCUUUCAGCAUUCCUUACCAACCUAGCAGUAAAUUCUUGGAAGAAUUUGAAGAAAACUGAAUCAUUUUCAUUACUGCAGCAUCAUCUACCACCUUAAAGCAAUCUCUCCGAUCAUUCUGCACCGAAAUCAUAAAAUUUCAUCCUUCAAUCGAAGCAAAAGCUAAAGAGAUAUCAACAAGAUUGGGGUUCACCAAUCUUAAAAUCGGAGUUUAACCUAAAAGUCCACUCAAUCCCAUAAUUUCCCUUUCAAUCAUAUAA